AUGGAGGAAACUGUCCUUACCGACCGCAAGAAGAUUAUCGAAUGGUGGCUAGCCAAUCCCGUGCUCCCGGGCUCGCGGCCCCAUUCGUUCCCCGUUUCACGGGGCUGGAUCAUGUGUAUACUGACAAACACUGAAACUGUCAAGCCGAAGAACAUGAGGUUCAAACCUAAGAAGGAAAGGCAAGCUAGCACAUGGGAUUGGGGCAUGUUGCGCACGACGUACCGCUGCGAGGCACAGCACCCGGAGACAACAUGGUGCUCGUGA